UUAAGUCCUCAAUGCAAACUUCUUCGGCUUUUUGCAGCCAGCAGAAGAAGAAGAAGAAAGCCCCUGCUAAUGAGCCCGUCAACUGCAAAAACUUCACAACACGCCUUUCUCCUGCAGCAAAUAACACGGACCGAAGAAAGAGCUGAGCGGAGGCAACCUGGAUCGCCCGGAAGGCUGUCGCGGCAACAUCAAGCAGCCUCAGCAGCACCGAAGGGGCCCGACCAAUAGAGAGCGAGAUCGGCCGCCCAGGGACUGUCCCGAUUGGCGCAAAGGGCCGCCGCUCAAGCAAAGCUGAGUGCAGUUUGGAGUUGGGGACUUUAGCCGUCUCCCUCGGCGAAGGCGCGACGUGGCGGAAAUGGCUGGCAAGAGUCAGGAGCAGAGCAUUCAAGAAGAAUUAACUUGUUCAAUAUGCUAUGACCUCUUCAGAAACCCUGUCAUGCUGGAAUGCAUGCACCAUUUUUGUAAAGAGUGUAUCCUGAAAUAUUGGAAUGGAUGCUCCAGAGUUGCCACUUGCCCCCAGUGUCGGCAAACGUUUCCUUCCCGAUCUUUUCAUCCCAAUUUCAUUGUAUCUAAUAUAGUGGAGACAGUUCGAAGAUCUGCCUCUGAGGAGCACAGAAGAAAAACCAAGAUGGAGCUCCAAAAGGUCCUUAAGACCUUCCAGACGAAACGCGAGAAACUGUUGAAGAUGAAGCAAAAGAAUGAGGAAAAUAUCAAUUACUUGGUGAAAACAUCUGGGAAACUGAACUCAGAGAUCCAAGCAGCAUUUCAACAUCUUCAUCGGAUCCUACAAAAGGAGGAAGGAAGGAUGCUGACAGAACUGGCUAGAGAAGAGGAGCAGUAUAUGCUGAGACUGGAAAACGCUUCUAUACAAUUAAUAGAAGAGAUCUCUGAGUUGAAGAAGAGCAUGGAGCAGAUACAGCGUAGGCUUGAAAACUCUGAGAUCUCAUCAGGGCUGCAGGUGGAAACUCUGCCUGUCAGACCAGCAGUGCAACUAGAAACGUUGACUUUGGUUCAAAAACACUACGAGGAGCUGCGUGACGGGCCCUUGCAGUACAUAAUUUGGCGAAAGAUGCUGAAAUCCAUCAUCCCAGCUCCUGCUGUUCUGACCCUGGAUCCAGAAACGGCCCACCCCAACCUCAUCCUCUCCAAAGAUCUGACUUCAGUGACAGAGAGGGAGUCACCUCAGGCGGUACCCAGAAGCCCCAGGCGUUUCCUGCAGAGCGUGAACGUGUUGGCCAGGGCGUCCUUCAAAAGCGGGCAGCAUUACUGGGAAGUCUGGGUGGGCAACAAGACCAAGUGGGAAUUGGGAGUGGCUUCAGACAAUGUGGACCGGGCAGCAAAAGUCCGUCUGUGCCCAGAAAAUGGCUAUUGGACAAUAAGACUGUGGAACAACUCCGAGUAUUGGGCCGCGGCAACUCCCUGGGUACGUUUGGAGCCCCGGUGCUUGCUGAGGAAAGUGGGGGUAUUGUUGGACUGCAAGGCCAAAAAGCUGACUUUUUAUAACGCUGAGGACAUGUCAUUCCUCUUUACUUUCCACCAGUUGCGGGCUAGCAAAUUCUAUCCUUUUUUCAGUACCGGUUUCAGUCAUGGCGAGAAGAACGCAGAGCCCAUGAGGAUCUGCCAUCCUCUCAGGCUCUGAAACCUUCCCAUUUCACAGGACAUGGUGGGUACUUCCGUUUCUUUCUGCCUUAGCGCUGUUACAAUACUGUUUCUCUGUCCUCAUAACUGACACUGGUAAAUGUUCAUUGAGAUUUCAAACUACUUAUAUUUGUGAUAUAGAUCCAGCCAACUGUAACAAAAAAAUGAAGGGUUGUUGACCAUUUUUAUUUUAAGUGAUCCCUUACUGUCUUUUCUUAAGGUGGGUUUAAUCUAACAAGAUUGUUACUACUCAUUUAAGGUUCAGUCUGGCAAACACUCAAGCAAAAGAUCUUGACUAUAAUUCUAAUAUAUCAGAAGAAACGAUACAAGUUCUUACUUCCUAUUAUCACUUUUUCCAAGUGUAAACAUAGUUUGUACACAUGUAUGGGCUUGUACUUAACCUGGUUAGUUUUUCAUCCACCUGAAGGAAAAAAUUCCUUAUCAGUGAGAUUCAAUAUCCAAAAAUGCUCUUUGUUUUCAUUUGUAUUCUGAGUUAA